AUGAAGAUUAGUACUACAUGCAGCUACCCUGGAUACUACGGACAUUUCAUCGCCAAGUGCCCAGUGCAAGCUCACAAGAACGCAGAGGGCAUGGUCGAGUUGCGUGCGGUUGGUACUCGGUACACGACGUACUCGAAAGAGUACAUGAAGAAAAAAUACAAGUUUAUCUCUUUGGUGGACGUGCAUCUCGCUGACGAUGAUGUGGUUCAAUCGGUGAGGAGCGGGCGACAUAAAAAUAUCGAUACAGACUCCAAGGGAAUCAUAAGGUCACUUUUGAGCGAUUGCUGUUUUGCGGAAACAAAAGAUGUAAGAUGGAAGAUUGAGUGGCUGCAAGACAAUAAAACACCCAACGAUCUUUUCACUGAAUUGUUUGGGUCGACGUUUGAGAACACGAAAAAAAAUCUGGGCAGUCGAGAAUUUGCAACUUGGAUCAAUAACAAGAAAAGCUUUGACAAAGUGUACUCCGACGAUCAAGCCAAGCUCUUUAAGAUCAUAAAUUAUAGUCUCUGCAGAAAGGAUAAUCGGAAAUGA